CUAACACAAGCUGUGUUAAGCUGUGUUUGGUGCGCUCAGCAUAAUAGGUCACACUGCAGGUUGCUCAGCGCUCAGCACCCUGUACUUUACUUUUCUUCAGUCAAGCAGACAUAUAACGCCAUCUACGUCGCAGAGAGCAUUUUCCGUAACACCUUCUUACGGAAAUGAAUGACAGUGCUCUCAAGUGUAAUUCUUCUCAUGAAUCUUGCGACAUGGAAAAGCAGCAGCUCCCAGACUUGGAAAAGGUCGAGGGACUGAUUCCAGAAUCGGAAGAGGAAUUACAUCCCAACGAAGCUGUUCUUGAGACACUUAUCGUCAGUCUCAACUGGACACUGUACUCAGCUUUGCUAACCGGGUCAAUUUGGUUCAACGCGUCACCACUAGAUUCCCCUGUCAACGAUGGUGUCCCUACGCACGAUUCCCAAACGCCUUCGCUACGUUAUAAGCUCUCGUGCGGACUCUUCUUUGUCGGCAGCUCACUGAGUUUCUGUGUCGCAUUCCUCAUUGUUUUGGGCAAGAUCCUGAUGCGCCAGCACACGCUCACUCUGAGGCACCCGCCUCUUUUUGGCCCUCGUCGCCUCCCCAAGUAUAAGGUUCAACGUCUACGCGCGAUACCGGCAUCCAUGCCUACAUGGUUCAUAAAACUUCUGGAGUCACUGCAGUUUAUCUUUCCAUUCAUCCAGUUUAUGAUUACUAUGACGCUACUCGCGCUCGUCUGGCUCUUUUAGUAUAUCACCCUUCCAAGGGCCCUUGCCAAUUUUUUUUUGACUCUCUUGACCCAAGAACAGUUUUCCAUAUCUUCCGGUUUUCUGGAAUGAAAUUGAUGUUUACCGACGUUAUCCUUCUCCCCAAGGCUCCGAAUUUUUUAUUGUUAAAUGAAGCGUGUUGGCUUUUGAGCGACCGUCUUUUUCGGGCCAGUUCAUUUUUUUUUCACUGUAUUCAUCAGUCACCAAUACUGUAUGUGAUCUUAUUUUAUUUACAUUCAUUGUAUUGUCAAAUAUAAAUUAUCGUGCAUGAUAGAAA